UUAUAUUUGGAGUUCUUAAUUUUUUUUCGAAGUUUAAAAAUGAAGACUUUUAUUUUGAAACGAGACGCUGAACGGAAGAGAACACGGCGUGAGGUUGUGUUUACUCGGGUCUUUUUUUAAAUCGGACCAGAAGAGUCGUCUCCUCGUCUCUACAUCAUGGAGUCGUCCAAGAGUGGACGGGUCAAACGCAGACAUCUGGGGCCGUCCGAGUGUCAAGAUCUGGCGCAGAGCAGCUCGGGGACCCACUCUCUCGCACAGCCAUUCACUGCCAAUGGCAGAAACGACGCUCCCAAAUAUGGACUUCAACCCAGGACACCCACCAAAAAAAGAAGACAAGCUGCAGAAAGUGUGGGACAACAGAAGGGCAUUACGGAGUUCUUCUCGGUUACUGGAGUCAUCAGCAGCAGCCCCCAAAAAGACAACAAGACCCCCGUGAAAGAGGAACUCGCUGAACCUCUGGUCCCGACAGAUGAAGAUGUAACAGAGGACUUCAUGGAAGGCAUCACAGAAGACAUGUUCGAUGAAGACAUGUUUGAUGAGGUCUGUGUCAAAAAUGAAAAGGAAUUCUUGGUCUCUGUGAAAAAAGAAGUGGAUGAAGAGUAUCCUGUAGACAGUCUCCCUGACGCCCACUAUGGGUUGCUCGGAGUGCAGGGCGGGGAUGCGGUGCCCCAGGGUCACGUCCAGGACCUUCCCGAUGAGAUCCUUAGGACCUUGUUUGGUCACCUCCCCGCAGAAGAUCUGUAUCGACACGUCAGCCUGGUGUGCCAGCGCUGGAGAAUCCUCGCCAUGGACCCACAGUUUCAUCCUUGGAAGAAGUUGUACUACAGAUACCGUAAACGGGAACCCGAGGCAGUGAAGGAAGUGAAGUCUAUCCUGUAUGAUAAUCACAUUAACAAAAAGGAUGACUUGUGUCUUCUCAACAUGCUGAGGUACAUGUCACAAUUCGAACACAGCAAGCGAGUGAAUGUAAAGGACGUGUUGGAGUGUGUGAAAGCACAUCGUUUCUAUGCCCAUGCCGAGGCCUGCAUCAAACACAGACUGCCGGAUGUGACGGACUCUGAGGGUCCGAACCCUUGGUCUGCCAUGGCCCUGAUGUUGAUACUGUCUGACGGAGUGAAAGACGUCCUGGAUUUGGUAGCUCUGUUGCGGAGGUCUGGAUGUCUUCUGACGGCAGGUGGAAUCUCCGAGUAUCUGUGGGCUGUGGCGACUUUGCUUCUGGCCAUGAGAGAGAACAACAUUAACAUAAGCAACCGGUGGCAUUACAACAUCUUCUAUGCGCUGCAUUUACUGGAGAACGCGCCUCCUCCUUUGGGCCAGCAAAGCAUCAGAGCGCUUCAUGUCACACAUGAACAACAACAGAUCCUCAAUCACGAUAUCCAAAAAGACCAUGUUGUUAAGAUAAUUGCUUUUGCAGGCACUGGAAAGACUACGACACUAGUGAAGUACGCUGAGCAGAGGCCACACUUGCGCUUUCUCUACCUCGCCUUCAACAGAUCUGUGGCAGUGCAAGCGCAACAGUUGUUCCCACGCAAUGUGGAAUGCAGUACGGUCCAUUCAAUGGCCUUCAAAGCUGUGGGAGUGAGAUAUAGGCAGAAACUAUCCAGUAAUUUGAUACCGUUUGAGGUGGCGUGGGUCUUGCCGAAGGAUCACGGAGGAUUUGUCAAUGCUAAAGUGGUGACGCAAACCGUGAGCGGUUACAUGGCGUCCAUAGACCGGCGCGUUGGCAUGCAGCACGUUCCGUGGGAGUACAAAAACACGCGCGGCCAUAUGGUGCGCCCAGAGGAAGAACAGAGAAGGAUGUUUGCAGAUAUUGCACAGACAUUAUGGGACAAAAUGGUGGAAUUGCAGCACAGAAAAGAGCGAGCCUACAACAUGACCCAUGACGGUUACCUCAAACUCUGGCAGCUGACCCGACCAGAGCUGGAUGGUUAUGAUGUCAUAUUUAUUGAUGAAGCUCAGGACUGCACACCAGUGGUCAUGGACAUCAUGCUCUCCCAGAAGUGUGGAAAAGUCUUGGUUGGAGACCCUCAUCAGCAGAUUUACACCUUCAGAGGGGCGGUGAACGCCCUGCACAGUGUUUCUCACACACACAUCUACUAUCUCACGCAGAGUUUCAGGUUUGGCUCUGAGAUCGCCUAUGUUGGCGCUACAAUAUUGGAAAGCUGUAAAAAAGUGAAGCAGAUAUUGGUUGGUGGGAGUCAGGAUGGAUAUGUUAAAGGAGAGGACACACAAGCACUUGAGCUUCUGAAACAGGGACAGAAACUGUCACAAGAAGGCAGCGUGGCCAUUCUGAGCCGCUGUAACGUGACUGUAUUUAGUGAAGCUGUCCGACUCACGGAUGCCAACCCCGACUGCAAGAUUUACAUUGUUGGAGGUGUUGAAAACUUUGGACUGGAGAAAAUCAUGGAUAUCUGGGUCCUGACGCAACCUGAGGACAAACGCAAAAGUGAGAACCUGACAAUCAAAGACUACUUCAUCCGGACUUUCUGCCGUGAGAAGAUGGGUGGAUACGGAGGUUUGAGGGGAUACGCCACAGCCUCAGAAGACCGUGAGCUCGAGGGCAAACUAGCUGUGGUGGAAAAAUACCACAAACGCAUUCCAGAACUGGUGCAACGGAUCUACGGACGUGUCCAGAGAAAUCCUCAGUGUGCAGAUUAUCUUCUCGGUACGGUGCACAAGUCUAAAGGCCUGGAGUUCGACACUGUGGUUGUGACGGAUGACUUCACGAAAGUUCCCUGUUCUCGACACAACCUGCAGAGAGUCGGCAGUUUCAGCACAGCAAGUGUCCCAGAUGAUGAGUGGAACCUGUUAUACGUGGCUGUCACGCGAGCCAAAAGAGCUCUUUACAUCACCAAGACCAUCAGCAACAUCCUCACAUUUACUGGGGAGUACUUCCUGAGGUCACAGUUGACCAGCACUCUGCUAAGUACAGACCCGUCUCCCAUCUGCUCAAUUUCCGACUGUGAAAACCACAUCACAGCGGAUUCAGCCCUCAGCAUGUGUAAACUCCCCAUCAGAUAUAUGGACGAUAUGGAUGAGGGAGGUGUUCUUUGUUUGACCUGUGUGGACCAGCGUGUUGGACCCGUCGCCUUCCUUCUCGCUCCUCCUGAAGUGGUCAGAUCCAUGACCUAUACUAACGAAAGCAUCGAUCUGCCCAUCAACGUUGCCAUGCUGUUAGCUCUGUUUUAAGAGCGUGUCCAUGCAGACAAAUGAGUAGCUUUGAGUUGUCCUUUCUAUUUUAAGUGCCUUUCGCAAAUAGUCUGAAACAAGUUUUCGUUUGCUCAUGAUUCAGAUUCGGACUAGAUUUGAAUUAGAUUUGUAUUUAAGUAUUUCUAAGUGCUUCUAAACAUAGUUCUGCAGUCCAUCUGAAGAUCUGUUUCACAUUGCGUUUGACUCUUAUUUGGAGCACAGUAAACAGUGACAUCACCAUGUUAGUUGGGGAAUAAGCAUGUUAAAGUUUUCUUUUCCUGUCUAAAGUGGAGGCUAUCCAAACCCUCUGAACCUUCAGUGUUUCAGCUGUUGUGAACAGCGCAAUAGUUGAAGUGAAGAGAAACAUUUAGAAUUGUACAAAAAAAGUCAUUUAUGGAGAAAUGCCCUUUAUUUAUAUUCAUUGUUGUGCGAGACAUAAAAAACAUUGCAUUUACAUAAAGAUAGAUGGCAUGGUG